AUGAAGCUGCUCUUCUGGAAUAUCAGGGGUAUGAAGAAGGCCUCUGGUAAGAACGCCUUACGUGUACUUGUGAAAGAAAAGGAUCCUGAUAUUCUUUGCAUUGCGGAGCCAAUGAUCGAGGUAACUAAUUUCCCUAAUUUAUUCUUUAAUAGAUUGGGAUUCUGUUGCAAUUUUAUUCAUAAUACUCGGGUCGGAAAGGCCCCAAAUUUAUGGAUAGUUUGGAAGAGGAAUUUAAAUAUUCCUACAAUUAUUGCUGAGUCAGAGCAGCAUAUUUCGGUUACUAUUACAUCGGACUCAAUUACUGCUCAGAUCUCUUUCGUUCAUGCGAGUAGCUUUAGAGCUAAAAGAAGAUCUUUGUGGAUGAAGUUGAUGGCUGAUUCUCCUCAGUCCCCUACUCCAUGGGCAAUUAUGGGUGAUUUUAAUGCAACCUUGCAAUCUCAUGAGAAGAGAGGGCCAGGCAACUUCAGUAUGGGGUCGGCAGCUGAAUUUGGAGCCAUGGUUGAUGCUUGUGUAAUGGCUCAAGUGCCUUCUUCUGGAAUGAAGUUUACUUGGUCCAACAACCGCCGCAAAGGGAACCCUAUCUUCGUCCUCAUGCUCAAGCUGAAAAAAUUAAAAGAAGUUUUGAAAAACUGGGCUAAGACCUCCUUUCCAAACAUUGAUAGAGCUCUUGAAGAUGCAAAAAAAAAUUUAAAGCAGGUGCAGUUAGACAUUGAAGCCAACGGGUUAGAUGACCACUCUUUUGCUAGGGAAGCAGAUGCAAAAACUUCUUUGAUUAAAGCCUUGGAUUUGCAUGAAAAGCUAUGGGCGGAAAAGGCUAAAAUCAGAUGGAUGAAGCAGGGGGACAGGAAUUCUAAAUUCUUCCAUUUGUCUGCAAAAAUGAGAAGAAUUAGAAAUACCAUUAGAUACCUCAAGAAACAAGAUGGGACCAUUGUGGAAGGUCACAAAUAG